AUGUCGAGUAGGCAACUGCGGAAGCUGCAACAGCAACGCGAGCUCGAACAAGCCAAACUGCAGCCGCAAGCAGAAGCAGAGGCUGAAGAAUCCGAAGAGGAGGCAGUCAGACCAACGAGAUCCAAGCCCAGUCUAUUUGCGAAUCUAGCGGCCCUACAAGAUGAGGACGAGGACGAAGAGGACGAGGAGGCAGUUGCGAAGGACGAGGUUGACGGUGAACAAAAUUUGAAUUCGCCGGAAUCUAAGCCUGCCUCGUUAUCGAAAAAGGCUAAGAAGUCCAAAAAGAAGAAGAAGAAGGCAAAGAGUAAACCUAGCGAGCAGCCUGUCGAACCCGACGAUGGCGCGGACGAUAUUGAUGCUGCAUUACGAGAGCUAGAUCUCAAGAAGCCUUCUGGAACUGCGGAAUCGGCGGCAGUUAAAGCGGACCCUGAAUACGAAAGGAUAUGCGCUCUGCUCGGGGUUAGCACGCAGCAUCUCAAAGUUGCGAAUGAGAUGAGGAAUUUGUUUGGGCGAACGGCUGCGGAUAAUCAUGAUGAUGCUGGUGGACCAGUUGGCAGAGGUGGUCGAAGGAGGCAACGUGGUCAGGAUCGCAGAGUGGAUUUGGAGACGGCAUUAAAAGGUCACCAUGCCCCUGGAAAGGGAUUACCAGAACUCACUUUACGGCGUAAUGCUCUAAUCCAAGGGAAGGACGAUUGGCCAAAGGGAACUACUGGUGGGUUGACCAUGGUAAUGGUCGAUGAUCAGCGGGAGAAAGACGGUACUGUCGAAUUCCGAUAUGAUCACAACCAAUCAUAUCAAGCACUUCAGCAGGCAUUUAAUGGGUAUGUCCAAAUGGGAGAUCCUGAGAACUUAAUAGGGCUCCUGGUACGAAACCCCUACCACAUAUCACUACUUAUACAAGUGAGCAAAGUCGCCAAAGAUCAGUCGGAUCACUCUCUAUCUUCAGAUUUACUCGAACGUGCCCUAUUUACUUUCGGCCGAGCAGCGACAUCACUCUUCAACACCCAGUUAUCUGCAGGCAAAGCCCGCCUAGACUUCCUCAGACCGGAGAAUAGAGAGCUAUGGCUUGCUGGGUAUCAGUACCUGAAAAGCCUAGUGAUGAAGGGUACCUAUAGGACGGCGUUGGAGUGGGCAAAGCUUCUACUUAGUCUAGACCCGGAAGAGGACCCUUACUGCAUGCGGCUUAUGAUACACCAUCUUGCACUUCGAGCUCAUGAGUUCAACUGGCUCUUGGACCUUUUUGAGAGUGCCUUACCAAAAAUAUGGAACCUUUCAGAUGACGACCAUGGCACUGCCAUGUCCCACUUCACUCCGUCUCUGGCUUUUGCUGCACUUCAGCUUAGAGAAGCGGCCCAAUGCAGGCAACUACUCGCGGAGUCAAUGCAAAAAGUCCCCUGGCUCUUCUGCCGACUUUUCAAAGACCUGGAUCUUGCUGCCCCACCCUCAAUCUGGGGUGUAGAGCCUCGGACGGAUGCGGAAUGUCUCUUGACCGAGAUAUACGUGCUGCAAACGAAAGAUUUAUGGAAUACGCCAGAGGCUACUUCUCUUUUAAUGGAAGUGGCACACACCAUUUCAAAACCCGAUGUCGACUCCAUCCCGGCAGUCAGAAAUUCCGAGAUGACUCUAGAUGUCGUUAGGUUCGUUUACUUAGACAACACUCCCGCAUUGAUGUCUUUAGCACCAUCGGAUCUUCUUCAUCGGGAGAACAACUCGGAUGCUGAUCCUCUUCCGCCUGAUCACAACAUCUUCACCUACGAAAGCCAACGAAGGGUUUUGGAACGCCAUGAUGAUGUGCAGGGCUUAGGUGGAGAUAUGUUCGAUCCCAUUGCAGCAUUGGCCCGUCUGUUACCUGGUCUACGGCCGCGUGAUGGUGAGCAGGGAGAAGACGAUGAUAGUGAAGACGACAAUGAGAUGUUGAGGAGAGAGUUCGAGGAGGCGGUGACGGCAAAUGAAGAAGAAACUGGCCAUGAUCGUGGUGCUCCUAUACCUGUAUCUCUCGCACGGAGACUGUUGGAUAUGAUAUGGCCCGCGCCUCAGCAUACCGAUUCCGAUGAUGAUGGGCAUGGGACCGAUGAUGAUGAUGACGAUGAUGACGACGAUGAUAUACCAGACCUGGGCCUACGUCUUCACUCACCUCCCCUUCAAAUUCCGACCAGACCGCCUCCUCCCACCUACAAUCACAAGCAACCACAUCAUCCCUGCGCCUUAGCCAAACAUCAUCCCUCUUCUCGCGACUUCAUCCCACCUCGUCGCACCAACACAACUUCACCCAAAAACAAAGCAAUCCCCGGGAAGAAACAAGUCAAAAUGGCGGAGGUCGCAGAACACAAGUACAAGUUCGAUAUUGCCAUGUCCUGCGGCGGAUGCUCGGGCGCUGUAAAUCGCGUGCUUGGCAAACUUGAAGGCGUCAAAUCCUACGACGUUUCCCUCGAUACCCAGAGUGCAACCAUCGUUACGGAGCCAUCGCUGAGCUACGAGAAGGUGCUGCAAACGAUACAGAAGACCGGGAAGAAGGUUACAGGUGGCGAAGCUGAUGGGGAGAAGAAGGGUGUUGAGCUGGUGAAGGAUGAGUGA